AGGUUCCGGGAAGGCCUCCGGGCGCGCCGCGGGGCGGGGCGCGGAAACUCCCGGGCCGCGGCCAUGGCGUCCGGGGGCCCGGACGGGCGGGAGGAGUCCCCGCGCUCCGCGGUCGCGGCGCUCUGCGGCUUGUACCACGAGGCCGGGCAGCGGCUGCGGCGCCUGCAGGACCAGCUGGCUGCCCGGGACGCCCUGGUCGCCCGCCUGCAGGCCCGCCUGGCCGCGCUCGAGGCGGAGGCGGCGCCGUCGCUGGUGGACGCGCUGCUGGAGCAGGUGGCGCGCUUCCGGGAGCAGCUGCGGCGGCAGGAGGGCGGCGCCGGCCCGGGGGCGGGGGCCCUGCGCCAGGAAGUGGAGAGGCUCCACCAGCGCCUGGAAGAGAAGGAGAGGGAGAUGCAGGCGCUGAUGCAGCAGCCGCAGCACGUGCUGGAGAAGGAGGUGGUGGUCCUGCGGAGGAGCCUGGCGGAGAAGGAGCGGGCCCAGGCAGCCAGCGACGUCCUGUGCCGCUCGCUGACCGACGAGGCCCAGCAGCUGCGGAGGACGCUGGCGGCCACGGCCCACAUGUGCCAGCAGCUGGCCCGGCGCCUGGAGGAGCGGCAGAGUGCGCAGGGGGACCCGGCUGAGGGGAUGCCGUCUCUGCCCUUCCAGGCUGCAGCUGGGGACACCUCUGUGCAGGCCGCCAUCCAGAAGGUACAGGAGGAAAAUCGACUGCUGAAACAGAAGGUCAUGCACGUGGAGGACCUCAAUGCCAAGUGGCAGCGCUACGAUGCCAGCAGGGACGAGUACGUGAGGGGGCUGCAUGCCCAGCUCGGGGGGCUGCCGGGGUGCCCCAGGCCCAAUGGGCACGCCUCUCCCGAGCUCCUGAGGAAGGAGAUUUCCCGGCUCAACCGCGAGCUGGAAGAGAAGAUACAGGACUGUGCGGAGGCGAGGCGGGAGCUGGCGGUGGCGCGGAGGGCGCGGGACGUGGCGCUGGAGCGUGUGCAGAUGCUGGAGCAGCAGGUCCUCGUUUACAGGGACGACUUCUCGUCGGAGAGGGCUGACCGGGAGCGGGCGCAGAGCCGCCUCCAGGCGCUCCAGGAGGAGGUGGCCUCACUGCAGCACCGGGCGUCGCGGAGGCAGGACUCCCGAGAGCCAGGCCUCUGCAGAGCCCCCCCGUACAUGGAGCCUGAUGCCCCGGAGUGUGCGGCGCCUGCUGCCCAGAGGCUGGAGACCCCUGUGGAGGGCGGGCGCCCGGGGGACCUGCAGUGCCCUCACUGCAUGCGCUGCUUUGGUGAUGAGCAGGGCGAGGAGCUGCUGGGGCACGUGGCCGAGUGCUGCCAGUGAAAGACACACAGUGCCACCCCACCCGGGGACGGGCUCUGAGACCCAGGUCCUCGAUGGUUCUUCUCGGCGCCCCCUCCGGCCCCGAGGGAAUGGGCCUUGGCAGGGGCACCGCUCGUGGCUCUGCCGAGGCUGGGCCCUAGAGCUGUCGGGCCAGGGAACCUAGUUUGGAGCGCGCAGCGCCAUCCUCGCUCGCAUGGGAGGCUGUAAGGCUGACGACAACGCGAGGCUGUGUCUGUACUGCCACGUGCCUGUCACAUACCUGGAAAUGGAAGCACCUGCAUGUCAUAGCACUUAUUUUUAUAAUAAAAUGUACUCGCGGCAGGGACUCUGCUCUGCCUGGA